CACACUAUAGCAAACUCCUCGCAAUAUCGUCGUUGUAUGCACGUCGAGGUCUGCUGUCACCGUUCGAGAUCCUCUGGCAAUCAUGCGGUCGGUUGUAUUUUUAUUGGGUACGGCUGCUUGGGUCCUUCUCGACGGAGCCCUCGCGCAAAAGAUGAUCCUCAUGGAAAAUUUUGACCCUGAGCAGGCGGCGGGCAUUUGGUACAGUGUCGAAAGGACCGGCACUCUCUACAACAACUCGGCGACCUGCACCAUGUACGAGGUAAAGCACAAGGAUGGCAUGGUUUACGAGGUGGAACUCACCUACCGGAGCAAGUCGAAUACGAUGAUGAAGAAUACGUUUCGUAUACUAGAAGAUUCCGACCACCCAGCUCAGUUCUUUUUCGCGGAUCAAGACAACCAGAAAGUAGCAGUGCGGUUUUUGGGGACGGACUACAAGAACUGGAACGUCUGCUUCGGCUACGUCUACGGAAACAUACCCGUGUACGGCAUAAGCUCUAGAACGCCCACGCUGGAUCCCAAAUACUUGGAGGAAGCCAUGGCGAUAAUGAAGGGAAGCACGGAGAAAUGCACACCGAUGUAG